AUGGGAUUUGAAAAAAAUGGGAAUUUCACCUAUGGAAAAGGGAUUUCCAUGCGUUCGGCAAAAUCUGCUAGGGAUUUGGCAAAUCACUUGCGGGAAAUAUGGAGGGAUUUUCCAAUCCAAAAUCCCGAGUUCAAAUCCUAUCAUAAUUGGUGGAAUUGUGCAAAUCUCAAGAGUGGGGGAAAUUGCAUUUGCUGCGCACCAAGUCUCCUCAACAAAUACACCCAUAUCAGUUUUCUAACAAGAGUGGGUGAAGAAGGGCAUCCAUCCAAGUUCCCUAGGGAGCUUUCAAUCUAG